GCUUUGCGUAAACUCGUGUCUGUUUCCUGCGUGCUCCGGUCUAGUGGUGGAUUAGCAUGGCUUCAUCUGCGAAGAGGCGAGCUAUUGAAACGGGACAAAAUGCCCAGGACAGCGAUGAAAGCUCGGACGAGGGUCUGGAGGAUUCUGGGGAGGAUGACAGCGAAAAUUCAGAAGAAGAAAUAAACGAGGAGGUCAUCGUGGAUUUCGAGGCACAUGCAAUAUCUGACAACGACUUUCAUGGCAUUAAAACCCUUCUGCAACAGCUGUUUCUAAAGUCUCACGUGAACACCUCUGAUCUCACUGACAUCAUCAUCCAGCAGAAUCACAUUGGCAGCGUCAUCAGGCAAGCUGAGGUACCAGAGGACAGCGAUGAUGAGGCCGACCCAGAUGAGGUCUUUGGGUUCAUUAGUAUGAUAAACCUCACAGAAAGACAGGGUGUGGAGUGUGUGGAGAAGCUGAAAGAUCUGAUCCUAGAGCAGUGUGCAACAGAGAGCUCCCCGGACGUUCAGGAGAGAUUUGAGAAACUUCUGAAUGGUAGCAGUCAAUCGGUUGGACUGCUGCUGAGUGAACGUUUUGUUAACGUUCCUCCACAGAUCGCACUGCCCUUGCACAAACAGCUACAAAAGGAAAUGGCCGAAGCACAGCGGACCAAUAAACCCAGCGGUAAAUGCCAGUUCUGUCUGAUGAUCAGUAAAACCUGUAAACCAGCUAAGAAAGUCAUAUCCGCACACGGCCAGGGUAAAGAUGAGCUGGUGUUUGUCAAUGAUGAAGAGGAGUUCUUUUAUGAGCAAGCCACACUGAAGUUCAGCUAUUGUGUUCAGGAUGAGGCAGAUUCCUGUGCCACGGGUAAAUGGUCAUACGAUGACGUUCCGAUGAAGCCGUUCCGCACUGUAAUGGUGAUUCCGAUGGACUCGAUGGGAAUCAUCAUGGAUAAAAUGACUCAAUAUCUGAGUGUGUAACGUGUUCCCAUCACCAGAAGAAACUCUUCUUGAAAAGGUUACAAAUUAAACCACGAGAAGAGUCUUGAUGUUAGUGUCAGCUGGUUUCUAUCCUGCCCGUGGACUUUGAGCCUUAAUUUUAGGGUUGUAUAACAAAACAAACAAUAACAAAUCCCUUCUAACAAUUGAAAUAAUUUAUUCAUUCUGUACAUAAUCAGUCAAAAUUACCCACAAAAUAAACGACUUAAACAGAA